GCUUAGCCUUACGGCGGGUCCAUGGUGGAAGGGAAUUUGGAAUUAAAGGGAAAAUAUCUCGCUAAAUCGACCAUUCGAUUUGAUCUUAUAAGUAACACACAGUACCUUAGCUUAUCAAUUAUUUAAGAAUGGAAAACGAAUGACGAGACUGGACGUUAGCGAGUAAUAAACUCGGAAGCGGUGGGUGGUGUGCGCGCCUCCGAAGUCUGACCUGAAGGCCGCUCCGUCUACCUCUUCUGCAGCGACCUUGUUUUGGGUCAGCCUCUGGAAUCAGUUCAGAUGCCCUGGGUGGUUCGGACAAAGGAUCCGCUUUGGGAAAGUUGUAUUCCUGGUCGUAGUGUUGGUGUUUGCAGCGAGGCUGCAGUUGACUGACCGACUGAACAAUGGCUCAGUUUCCCACGCCCUUCGGAGGAGGCCUGGACGCCUGGGUAAUCUCUCUGGACGAGCGGGCCAAACAUGACCAGCAGUUUGUCAGCCUGGCCCCCUCACCAGCUGGCUACAUCACAGGUGACCAGGCCAGGAAUUUCUUCCUGCAGUCAGGCCUGCCCCCUCCCAUCCUGGCACAGAUAUGGGCCCUGGCCGAUAUGAACAAUGAUGGGAAGAUGGACAUGCACGAGUUCUCCAUCGCCAUGAAGCUGAUCAAGCUCAAGCUGCAGGGUCACCCCCUGCCCCCCUCUCUGCCCCCCUCCAUGAAGCAGCCGCCCCUCACCCUGCCCCCGCCACCCACCGCACCCUUCGGAAUGCAUGGUUUAGGGGUAAUGCCAGGCCUCCCAGCAGUCCCUCCAUUACCCAUGCCCCCUAUGCCAGGGGUGGGUAUGUCCCCCCCUCUGGUGUCGUCCGUGCCCCCGUCUGUACCCCCCUUGGCCAACGGAGCGCCAAUGACGGGCUUCUCCCACCCAGCCACCACACUCAACAAAAGCUCUUCUUCCAACCGCUCCGGUGCCAAGAUGCAGGGCCAGUCUUUUGAGACUUCUAGCGCCCCUGUGCCCCCCCAGCCCCCCAUUGACUGGGCUGUUCCCAGCUCGUCCCGGCUAAAGUACCGGCAGCUCUUCAACAGCCACGACAAGAUGAUGAGCGGCCACCUCACCGGACCCCAAGCAAGAACCAUCUUGAUGCAGUCCAGCUUGCCCCAGACCUCGCUGGCGUCCAUAUGGAACCUGUCGGACAUCGACCAGGACGGCAAGCUGACGGCCGAGGAGUUCAUCCUGGCCAUGCACCUGAUUGACAUGGCCAUGUCCGGCCUGCCCCUGCCCCCUAUCCUGCCCCCAGACUUCAUCCCCCCCACGUUUAGGAGGGUACGUAGUGGUAGCGGGGUGUCUGUCACCAGCCUGCACUCCACUGACCAGCGGGUCCAAGAGGAGGCCGAAGAGGAGCAGGAGAGCGAGAAACAGAAGCUGGAGAAACUGACUUUUGAGGACAGGAAGCGGGAGAACUUUGAACGGGGCAACCUGGAGCUGGAGAAGCGUCGACAGGCCCUGCUGGAGCUGCAGCGCAAGGAGCAGGAGCGUCUGGCGGCGCUGGAGCGCGAGGAGCAGGAGAGGAAGGAGCGAGAGCGGCUCGAGCAGGAGAGGCGGCGGCAGCAGGAGCUGGAGAAGCAGCUGGAGAGGCAGAGGGAGAUGGAGAGGCAGCGGGAGGAGGAAAGACGCAAGGAGAUCGAGAGGAGAGAGGCGGCAAAGCGGGACCUGGAGCGUCAGCGUCAGUUGGAGUGGGAGAGGAACCGCCGGCAGGAGCUGCUGACUCAGAGGAACCGAGAGCAGGAGAACAUUGUCCUGCUCAAAGCCCGCAAGAAGACCCUGGAGUUAGAGCUGGAGGCACUGAACGACAAGAAGAGCCAGCUGGAGGGCAAGCUGCAGGACAUCCGCUUCCGCCUGUCUGCUCAGCGGCAUGAGAUCGAGAGCACCAACAAGACCCGCGAGGUCCGCAUCGCUGAGAUCACCCACCUCCAACAGCAGCUGCAGGACUCUCAGCAGUGGCUCGGCAGGCUGAUCCCUGACAAACAGUGUCUAAACGAACAACUCAAACAGGUUCAACAGAACAGCCUGCACAGAGACUCCCUGUCGUCGCUGCAGAAGGCAGUGGAGGUCAAGGAGUCUAGUCGGCAGCAGCUGAGAGAACAGCUCGACACCGUGGAGAGAGAGACUCGCUCCAAGCUGCUGGAGAUAGACGCCUUCAACACCCAGCUCACGGAGCUCCGAGAGAUCCACAGCAAGCAGCAGAGGCAGAAGCAGAAGGAUCACCUGGAGGGAGAAGUCAACAUCCACGCCAUCGCCCAGGAGAGGGCCAAGUCCGCCGAGCUCACAGACGGAAGGUUGUCUGCCACUGACGAGGGCCUGGCGUGGCAAGAUGAGGGCACGGUGGAGGCCCCCACCCCGCCCCCCCAGCCCUGGAUGAAGCGCGUGAGUGAGGAGGGGCGCACUAAGAAGGACAUGCAGGACAAACUCAACCAGCUCUUCAUGGAGCAGCCUGAACCAGGGAAACUCAUGAACCAGAGCCCAUGGCCCACGGGCGACAAGAUCCCGGUGACUGGGUUCAACCAGGACAAGGUCAAGGUGGUCUUCUACCGGGCGCUGUACCCCUUUGAUGCCCGCAGUCACGAUGAGAUUACCAUCACCCCCGGAGACAUUGUCAUGGAAGAAACACAGUUCGCAACGAGCCAGGCGGCCCAAACUGCUGCAUAUACCCUGACUGCUUGCACUGAACGCAAGAGAAGUGACACAAUUUCCCAGGUGAAAGGGGAGUGGGUGGACGAGUCCCAGACAGGAGAGCCAGGCUGGCUGGGCGGCGAGCUGAAGGGGAAGACGGGCUGGUUCCCUGCCAACUACGCAGAGAAGAUCCCAGAAUCCGAGGUUCCCAUGAGCCUGCGGGCCAGUGCUGCCACCACGGGCGCCGCGCCCAAACUGGCCUCACGGCUCACACCCACCGCCGUCUCCACCACACCCAAGGCACCCAGCCAGCCAAUGGCAACCCCUCCCCCGGCAACAGCUCCCCCUGCCCCCGGUCCCUGCCCUGGCCCUGGUCCCGCCUCUUCCUCCUCCUCGGCAUCUAGUAACUGGGCAGAUUUCAGCACCACAUGGCCGUCCACCAGCUCUGUGGAGAAGACUGAGACUGGGGAGGGCUGGGACGCUUGGCCCACCCAGCCGUCUCUCUCUGUGCCCAGUGCCGGUCCCGGGGGCCAGCUGCGCCAGCGCUCUGCCUUCACACCCGCCACCCUCACUGGCUCCUCUCCUUCUCCCGUCCUGGGACAGGGGGAGAAGGUGGAGGGUUUGCAGGCCCAGGCUCUGUACCCGUGGCGGGCCAAGAAGGACAACCACCUCAACUUCAACAAGAGCGACGUGAUCACAGUGCUGGAGCAGCAGGACAUGUGGUGGUUCGGCGAGGUGCAGGGCCAGCGGGGCUGGUUCCCCAAGUCCUACGUCAAGCUCAUCUCUGGCCCCGUACGCAAGUCCAUGAGCAUUGAGUCUGGCUCGUCCGACAGCCCCCCAACCAUGAAGAGACCCACCCCGUCCCCUACCAAGACCAUGGACCCAGGAGAAGAAUACAUAGCCAUGUACACCUACGAGAGCAACGAGCAGGGCGACCUGACCUUCCAGCAGGGCGACGUCAUCGUGGUCACCAAGAAGGAGGGCGACUGGUGGACGGGCGUGGUUUCGGGCAAGAUGGGGGUAUUCCCUUCCAACUACGUCAAACCCAAGGACUCUGAGGGACUGGGACCCGCAGGGAAGACUGGAAGCCUGGGGAAGAAGCCCGAGAUAGCCCAGGUCAUCGCCCCGUACACGGCCACGGGGGCCGAGCAGCUCACCCUGGCGCCCGGCCAGCUCAUCCUCAUCAGGAAGAAGAACCCAGGGGGCUGGUGGGAAGGGGAGCUGCAGGCCCGGGGAAAGAAGCGGCAGAUUGGCUGGUUCCCGGCCAACUACGUGAAGCUCCUGAGCCCUAGCACCAGUAAGACCACGCCCACAGAACCCACACCCCCCAAGCUGCCAAUGCCCAGUGCAGGUAGGGGCCAGGAGCAGGGACCUGACGGGGGCCCGCCGGGGCCUUGGGGCCCCUCCUUGACUCAACAUAUGAUGGCAGUGUGUCAGGUGAUUGGCAUGUACGACUACAUGGCGCAGAAUGAUGACGAGCUGCCCUUUGGGAAGGGCCAGAUCAUCAACGUGCUGAGCAGGGAGGACCCUGAUUGGUGGAAAGGCGAGCUGAACGGUUCCGUGGGCCUCUUCCCCUCCAACUACGUCAAACUGACCACCGACACAGACCCCAGCCAACAAUGGUGCGCUGACCUGCACCUGCUGGACAUGCUGACCCCCGUUGAGAGGAAGAGACAGGGCUACACGCACGAGCUCAUCGUCACCGAGGAGAACUAUGUCAAUGACCUGCAGCUCGUCACCGAGGUCUUUCAGAAGCCUCUGCUGGAGUCGGAGCUGCUGACAGAGAAAGAGGUGGCCAUGAUCUUCGUCAACUGGAAGGAGCUCAUCAUGUGUAACAUCAAGCUGCUCAAGGCUCUGAGGGUUAGGAAGAAGAUGUCGGGCGAGCGCAUGCCGGUGAAGAUGAUUGGAGACAUCCUGACGGCCCAGCUGCCCCACAUGCAGCCCUACAUCCGCUUCUGCAGCUGCCAGCUCAACGGGGCCACGCUCAUCCAGCAGAAGACCGACGAGGUGCCCGAGUUCAAAGACUUUGUCAAGAGACUGGCCAUGGACCCAGGUUGUAAGGGAAUGCCCCUCUCCAGCUUCCUCCUCAAACCCAUGCAAAGGGUGACGCGCUACCCCCUCAUCAUCAAAAAUAUCCUAGAGAAUACUCCGGAGGCUCACCCGGACCAUAGCCAUCUGAAGCAGGCUCUGGAGAAGGCUGAGGAGCUGUGUUCCCAGGUCAACGAGGGUGUCAGGGAGAAGGAGAACUCUGACCGGCUGGAGUGGAUCCAGGCCCACGUCCAGUGUGAGGGGCUGUCUGAGCAACUCGUGUUCAACUCGGUGACCAACUGCCUGGGCCCGCGCAAGUUCCUGCACAGCGGCAAACUCUACAAGGCCAAGAGCAACAAGGAGCUCUACGGCUUCCUAUUCAACGACUUCCUCCUCCUGACUCAGAUCAUCAAGCCCCUGGGCUUCUCGGGCUGCGACAAGGUGUUCAGUGCCAAGUCCCACCUGCAGUACCGCAUGUACAAGACCCCCAUCUUCCUGAACGAGGUGUUGGUGAAGCUGCCAACAGAUCCCUCGGGAGACGAGCCCAUCUUCCACAUCUCCCACAUCGACAGGGUCUACACCAUCCGGGCAGAGAGCAUCAACGAGAGGACUGCUUGGGUGCAGAAGAUCAAGGCUGCUUCGGAGCUCUUCAUCGAGACAGAGAAGAAGAAGAGGGAGAAGGCCUACCUGGUUCGCUCACAGAGGGCCACGGGCAUCGGUCGGCUGAUGGUAAACAUUGUGGAGGGCAUCGAGCUGAAGCCCUGCCGCUCCCACGGUAAGAGCAACCCGUACUGCGAGGUGACGAUGGGUUCCCAGUGCCACAUCACCAAGACCCUGCAGGACACGCUCAACCCCAAGUGGAACUCCAACUGUCAGUUCUUCAUCAAGGACCUGGAGCAGGACGUGCUGUGUGUCACCGUGUUUGAGAGGGACCAAUUCUCUCCUGACGAUUUCCUAGGCAGGACAGAGAUCCGUCUGGCGGACAUUAAGAAGGACCAGGGCUCCAAAGGGCCCAUCACCAAGAGGCUGCUGCUCCACGAGGUGCCCACAGGAGAGAUUGUCGUACGACUGGACCUGCAGCUCUUCGAGGAGCCCUAGCCCAUCCCAGUUCAACCCAUCCCUGCUCAGCUCAGCCUAACCCAGCCUAACACCCAUAUACUGUACACUCCCCCCCCAAACCCUGUUACCCCUGCCCGAAGACUCACCAAGCUCUAGUGACAAUCCCCAACGGCCCAGCCCCACACUCCGGUGUGUGUGUGUGUGCGUGCGCUCGUGUGACUGUGUGAAUGAAUGUCUGCAGAAGGGUUUUAAUUAUGGGGUGUUUUUUUUCCUCUUUAUGAUUUGUAUCAUUAUGGUGUAUGUAUGAUAUCAUGAUUCCACUAUUAGUUGGUUGAACAAAAUUAUGAAGCGUUCCACAGCUAAUAUAAAAUCUCAAAGGCCGUCUUAUAACGCAAUGAACCUUUGAGACAUGAUAUACUGUAGAGAAAUGUUUGAACAACACAUAUGAUCAUUGCUUAUGCACUGUAUAUCUUAAAGAGCCCACCCUGUGGCAUUAACACCUGGGGCGUGUUCAUUAGUCAACAAGCGGGGGAAAACAGACAAACCGGGCGAGACUCCCUUGUCCAAUAAUAAACGUUCAUUUUCAUUUUACGUUGCAAAACGUUUUAAAACGCCCUCCGUUGUGUGGCCUUACUGAACACCACCCAGGUGACCACAGUGUUGUUGUGCCAUCCCUGUGACAACAUACGGUAACCUCCCAUAUAACCUUUGACACUGUGUUCAUGUUUAUAAACAUACGGCUAUUAUGUCAUUGCAGGUCGGACCAUUUCAAAAGCGUGUCUGAAGCCUGUCUAAUAAUACCCCUGGUUGUAUUAGCUGGAACAUCUCCGCUUGUAUUUCUUUCGUUCAACCGUGACCCAGGUUUCGAGUUAUGUAUUCUUUUCCGUGUACGUCUGUUUGAGACAAGGGUACAAAAGCAGGUACAGUACAUAAGUGAAUGUGAGGAGGAGAGAUAUACUUUGUGAUGUACCCUCAAAGGUUUGGUGAGAACACUUUGGAAAAAUGUGUUGAGGAAUUAAAGAACUGUUAGUAUGCUGAGAAUGAAAAUGAAGCUAUCAGUAAUCUUUACAUAUGUUCCACAUAUUGAGCGUUGUGUUUUAGAUUGGAAAUUCAAAUGAAAGGCCAGACGAAAUGUUUGGGUGUAUUUGAGGCAUUACAGAAGUACUGUACGAAAGUACACACUAAUAUAUUGUCUAUCAAAUUGGCUUAGCCCAAAACACAUUGUUGUACGGUUUGAGGGGAAUUGAAGAGCAGAUCUCCUGUUUUCUAAAUGAUGUGUAAAUGAGUGCCGAUUUCUAGUUACAUUUGCAGUGUAGGCCAAGAUGAUGAAUACCAAUGUACUACAAAUCUUUUAUUUUUCGAUGGUUAGAAGAAUCAUACGGUGAUGUCAGGAAUGUUUUUGUACUUGUUCCGAAAAAGUCUGUUAUUUUCAACGCAUUCAUAUCUUCACGUUUUGUAUGUAUAUUUUGGUUGUUUUUAAUUACAUUUUUUCGUACGGCAAAAAAGCACCAUUUAAUAUAGAGUGCUAUAUUUAUGUGUUGGAAAGCCAUUUUGUAGGUGUUUUUGUUUUGGAGACUGAGGUCCGGCUUUGUUCUGAUGGACAUAUUCGGCCAAUGCUGUAACUGUAACUGUUUGUGAAGAGGAGGCAUUUCAGGUUCAUUCAAUUUGGGUCUCAAAUUAAUAUAUUUCCUUUGCAAGAGAACAGGAAGUAUUUUUUUUUGCGUUUUGUGUGGCACUGUGUUCAGUUGAACAACACUGUAUUACAUAUUUAUUGACGUUAAGAAAGACAAUUCAGACAAAAGGGAAAUAUCAGCCUCCAGGUUGCUGCAAUAUGCAAUCUACUCUGAGGUAUGCCAUUUGAAUCUUUCAUAUUGUCUUCUCUGUUAUUUCCUUCUUUAUUAUGACCCUCCCAUUAUCUUGGGUUCCGCGUUCGAAAGGAGACGUACAAGGAUAUCCGAAGGCAGCGGAGACGACCGACUUCAGUCUGUUAAGUCUGACAAUGUUAGCGUAGUUUGUCUAAUGUUAGUUUAAUGUAUGUUUGUUGUUACCAGCUAUGUGUCCAUGUAGAUAAUGUACAAAUACUAGUGAAAUUCCACUGCCGUGUUAGUGAAAGUGGUCAAGGAGAACAGCUUUUGCAGAGCCUGUGUUCCUUAUGUCUAGGAGUGAGUGAGUGUGUAACGUGAACUUACUAUUCUCGAGUGCUUUGGGUUUGUGCUUGGGUCUCUGUUCAAGUUGGAGGACUUAGAUUAUGACUAGUCAUUUCCCUAUAGCGUGCGACCUGUACCUCCACUCCUUCCCGGUUACCCCACAGUAGUGCCCUUUUUAAUGUUCACUCUAAAACCAGUGAUGGUCUCUAUUCUUUUUAAUGAGCAAAGUCUUAACUGAUCAAGUACAGUAUGUGAAUAUGUUGAAAUAUUUGAAAGGCGUAUAAGUAAUAUAUUACAACAACUACCGUAGAAGAAUGUUGAUGACAAUGUAUUGUUAUCAAUGUAUGAGAAGUGUAUUGUCUUAAAUGUUGAAAAUAAAAUUUGAUUGGACCAAGGA